GUCACUGUCCCCCAAUGCAUUGUGGGAAGGGAAGCAGAGCUGGCACGGCCGCUGAUGGCUGACAGAUACAUUUAGUUAAUAUAUUUCGACUUACCCCUGCGUCUGAGGGAAAGGAGGGGGAGAAAAGUGGCAGCCAGGCGGACUCGUCGCAGCUGGUGUCAGCGGGCUCUGCAGAGCGGGAACGUAUGCGGGUGUCACCGCGGCUGUCUCGAAGCGGAGGAGGGGGAUCCUGUGUCAAUGGACCGCGGCGUCGUUAGUUUCUACGCCAGGGGAGGCGAGUAAAAGCAGCUACGGAUUAUUCCUUCCCCCCGCCCCUGGCGGUGAACGGGUGGGGGGCGACCGCGCUCCGACGCCGCUCGUUUGAACGUCAACGGUUCCUCAAGGGUUUGCGUCAAAGGCGCCGUCAAAGAUGUCGACCAGCAGCCCCGAAGCGGUGAAGAAAUUGCUGGAGAACAUGCAGACGGACCUGCGGUCUCUCUCCAUGGAGUGCAAGAAGAAAUUCCCUCCCGUCAAAGAGGCUGCAGAGUCGGGCAUCGUGAAAAUUAAAACCAUAGCAGCCAGGAACACAGACAUACUGGCAGCUCUGAAGGAGAACAGCUCAGAGGUGGUGCAACCCUUUCUGAUGGGCUGCGGCACCAAGGAGCCGAAGAUCACCCAGCUGUGUCUGGCUGCCAUUCAGAGACUCAUGUCUCAUGAGGUAGUGUCUGAGGCUGCAGCGGGGAACAUUAUCAACAUGUUGUGGCAGCUGAUGGAGAACGGCCUGGAGGAGCUGAAGCUGCUACAGACUGUCCUGGUCCUGCUAACCACCAACACUGUGGUUCAUGAUGAAGUGCUUUCCAAGGCCAUCGUGUUGUGCUUUCGUCUCCACUUCACCAAGGACAACAUCACCAACAACACAGCGGCGGCCACCGUCCGACAGGUCGUCACCGUCGUCUUCGAGAGGAUGGUGGCGGAAGACGAGCGAUUUAAAGGCAUUGUGGAGCAGCCCCCUCCUGUCCAAGGAAACACAAACCGGCGGUCUGUUAGUACGCUGAGACCCAGUGCCAAGGACGCGUACAUGCUGUUUCAGGACCUGUGCCAGUUGGUGAACGCCGACGCCCCCUACUGGCUAGUGGGCAUGACGGAAAUGACCCGCACGUUUGGCCUGGAGCUGCUGGAGUCGGUCCUGAACGACUUCCCUGGCGUAUUCCUACAGCACCAGGAGUUCAGCUUCCUGCUGAAGGAAAGAGUGUGCCCUCUUGUCAUCAAGCUCUUCUCGCCCAACAUAAAGUUCAGGCAGGGCACCAGCAGCACCACGCCACCAGCGCCUGUGGAGAAACCCUAUUUUCCUAUUUGCAUGAGGCUCCUGCGAGUGGUUUCGGUCCUCAUUAAACACUUCUACAGCUUACUGGUGACUGAAUGUGAGAUCUUCUUGUCUCUGCUGGUGAAGUUCCUUGAUGGGGAAAAGCCUCAGUGGCUCAGAGCGGUGGCUGUGGAAUCGGUCCAUAGGCUGUGUGUGCAGCCACAUUUAUUAUGUUCUUUCUGUCAGUCCUACGACAUGAAGCAGCACUCCACCAAGGUGUUCAGAGACAUCGUUAACGCCCUGGGAUCCUUCAUCCAGUCCCUCUUCAUCGUCCCAAACGGCGGCAGCACGGCGGCUGUCAGCGCUCCUGCUGGGGGUUCAGGUUCAGGGGCUCAGGGCACAGCUCCGGGCGGCCCGGGCACCGGAGGGGGCAGCGGCACCCUGACCACACAGGCCGCGUUUGAAUACCGAGGGACCUGGAUCCCCCUGAUGACAGUCAGCGUCCAGGGCAGCGCCAAGGCUACCUACUUAGAGAUGCUGGACAAGGUUGAGCCUCCGUCCAUCCCAGAGGGCUACGCCAUGUCGGUGGCCUUCAGCGCCUUGCUGGACCUGGUGAGGGGCAUCACCUCCAUGAUCGAAAGAGAGCUGACGGCGGAGGAGGAGAGAGCUGCAGAAUUCAGGGAGACGCACCCUGAGCAAGAAUGGAAGCCAGAGCCAGGGGCCCACUUGGUUUGGGAGGAGAUGGUCAACGCCAGCUGGUGUGGUCUCCUGGCGGCCCUGUCUCUGCUGCUAGAUGCCAGCACGGACGAGGCGGCGACAGAAAACAUCCUAAAAGCAGAAAUGACCAUGGCGUCGCUGUGCGGCCGCCUGGGUCUGGUGACGCCUCGGGACGCUUUCAUCACGGCCAUCUGCAAGGCCUCGCUGCCGCCGCACUACGCUCUGACCGUCCUCAGUAGCAACAGCUCCAACCUCUCUAGCAAAGCUUUCUCCAUCCAGGGCCAGAGCGUGCAGAUCAUCAGCCCCUCCAGCGAGUCUCAUCAGCAGGUGGUGGCUGUCGGGCAGCCCCUCGCCGCCCAGCCACAGGGCACCGUGGUGCUGACUGCCAAAAACAUCCAGUGCAUGAGAACCCUGCUGAACCUGGCUCACUGCCACGGGGCCGUGCUGGGGACGUCCUGGCAGCUGGUCCUGGCUACACUCCAGCAUUUGGUUUGGAUCCUGGGACUAAAACCAGCAGUGGGUGGUGCCCUGAAACCUGGACGAGCAGUGGAGGGACCUAGUACGGUGCUGACGACAGCGGUCAUGACAGAUCUGCCCGUCAUCUCCAACAUCCUGUCCAGACUAUUCGAAAGCUCCCAGUACCUGGAUGACGUGUCUUUGCAUCACUUGAUCAAUGCGCUCUGUUCCCUCUCUCUGGAGGCCAUGGAAAUGGCUUAUGGAAACAACAAGGAACCGUCUCUGUUUGCUGUUGCAAAGCUGCUGGAAACUGGUCUGGUCAACAUGGACCGCAUAGAGAUCCUGUGGAGACCCCUGACAGGACACCUGUUGGAGAAGGUCUGCCAGCACCCAAACUCCAGGAUGAGAGAGUGGGGGGCUGAGGCGCUGACGGCCCUAAUCAAAGCUGGGCUCGCCUAUAAACACGACCCUCCGCUGGCCCAAAAUCAGCGGCUGCAGCUGCUGCUGCUGAACCCCCUGAAGGAGUUGUCCAACGUGUUGCAUGCCGACAUUCGGCAAAAGCAGCUGGAGUGCGUCCUUCAGAUCCUGCAGAGUCAGGGCGACAGCCUGGGGCCCGGCUGGCCCCUCGUCUUGGGCGUUAUCGGAGCCAUCCGCAACGAUCAGGGCGAGUCGUUGAUCCGGACAGCCUUCCAGUGCCUGCAGUUGGUGGUGACCGACUUCCUCCCCACGAUGCCUUGCACGUGCCUCCAGAUUGUGGUGGAUGUAGCCGGCAGCUUUGGCCUUCAGAACCAGGAGCUCAACAUCAGCCUGACCUCCAUCGGCCUGCUGUGGAACAUUUCCGACUACUUCUUCCAAAGAGGCGAGGCCAUCACCCAGGAGCUGGAGAGGGAGGAGGAAGCGCUACAGAAGCAGGCCCAGGAGAAAGGAGAGGCCCUGAACAGGCCCUUCCACCCCGCCCCUCCCUUCGACUGCCUGUGGUUGUGUUUGUACGCCAAGCUGGGCGAGCUGUGCGUGGACCCGCGACCGGCCGUGCGGAAAAGCGGAGGGCAGACGUUGUUCUCCACCAUCGCUGCCCACGGGACCCUGCUGCAGCAGCCGACGUGGCACAUCGUGGUCUGGAAGGUGCUGUUCCAGCUGCUGGACUGCGUGAGGACGUCGUCCACCACGGCGGACAAGGAGAAGAUCGAGUCCGGCGGCGGCAACAUCCUCAUCCACCACUCGCGGGACACUGCGGAAAAACAGUGGGCCGAGACGUGGGUGCUGACGCUGGCCGGGGUGGCCCGCAUCUUCAACACCAGGCGGUACCUCCUGCAGCAGUUGGGAGAUUUCUUCGAGGCCUGGGAGGUGCUGCUGAAUCACAUCCAGUCUGCCGCUCUCAGCAAAAACAACGAGGUCUCCCUGGCCGCUCUCAAGAGCUUCCAGGAAAUCCUGCAGAUCGUCACGCCCGUCAGGGACUCGGACCGAGCGGCGGACGCGCUCGCCGCCAUGGGCGUCCCGCCCGUCCUCAUCGACCCGCUCUCCGCCUCCGGUCCAGGCAGACCCCUGGUGCGCUCGGAUUCGCUGGUGGAACGGCUGACCAGGUACAACGGGGCCGAGCUGCAGGCGCCGCCGCCGGGCGAGGAGUCGGCGCUGGAGGACUCGGCGUUGUGGUGGUCGGCGUGGAACACGUGGUAUCGGACCGGGACGGAGAGCACGCGGCCCCCCGGCGGGCCGGCGGAGAAGCUCGCCUUCAUCCCCAGCCAGCCGUUCCUCACGGCUCUGGUGCAGAUUUUCCCAGCGCUCUACCAGCACAUCAAAGCUAACUUCAGCAUGGACGACCUGAAAAAGCUGGGAGUCAUCCUGUACGGGGCCGUGUCCGUGCCCAUAAGCAGCGACGCCUCGCCCUUCAUCCUGCCUUCCUACACAGAGGCCACGCUCACCAGUUUGCAGGAAGCCGUGCUGACCGCGCUGGACGUGCUGCAGAAGGCCAUCUGUGUGGGCCCCGAGAACCUGCAGAUCAUGUACCCGGCCAUCUUUGAGCAGCUGCUACUUUUUGUGGAGUUCUCCUGCAAGCCUCCUCAGUACGGCCGGGUGGAAACCAAACACGUGGCCAAUGCUAAAUACAACCAGAUCCAGCUGUUUGCACCGGCGGAAUGGGUUGCCUUAAACUACGUGCCCUUCGCUGAGCGCUCCUUGGAGGUGAUGGUGGACCUUUACCAUAAAACGGCGUGCCACAAAGCUGUCAUCACUGAGAAGGUUCUGCAGAAUAUCAUCAAGACUCUGAGAAUGCCCCUGGGCCUGAAGUACGCCUGUCCGUCAGAGAGCACCUGGAAGCUGGCGGUGUCGUCUCUGCUGAAGGUGCUGUCCAUCGGGUUGCCCGUCGCACGCCAGCAUGCCUCCUCCGGGAAGUUCGACACUAUGUGGCCCGAGUUGGCCAACGCCUUUGAAGACUUUCUGUUCACCAAAAGCACUCCACCUGAUAAUCUGUCUAUUCAGGAGUUUCAGCAGAAUGAAUCUAUCGACGUUGAGGUGGUCCAGUUGAUCAGCACAGAGAUUUUACCGUUUGCCAAUUUCAUCCCCAAAGACUUCGUUGCUCAGAUCAUGACUAUGCUCAACAAGGGCUCCAUUCACUCCCAAGCUCCUUCGUUCACAGAGGCCGAGAUAGACGUGCGAAUGCGCGAAGAGUUUUCAAAGGUGUGCUUUGAGACCUUGCUGCAGUUUUCCUUCAGCAACAAGGUGUCCACCCCUCAGGAGGGCUACAUUUCUCGGAUGGCGCUCUCCGUGCUCCUCAAGAGGGCCCAGGACGUCCUGCGACGCUACGUGGAGGACGAGCGGUUGAGCGGACGCUGUCCGUUGCCGAGGCAACAAGUGACGGAGAUUAUCUUUGUCUUGAAAGCUAUAAGCACUUUGAUGGACUCACUAAAAAAGACCCAGCCAGAAAACGUGGACGGCAACACGUGGGCUCAGGUGAUCGCUCUGUACCCCACGCUGGUAGAGUGCAUCACCUGCUCUUCGUCAGAGGUGAGCGCAGCCCUGAAGGAGGCCCUGGGGCCCUUUAAAGACUUUAUGCAGCCACCCGUCUCCAAAGUCCAGAACGGAGAGUCCUGACCGGACUUCCUCCACGCUCCCUGUUUUUAUAAUAAUGAAGAAAUCUUGAAUCUGGAUUCCUAUCCCGGGUGCUUCAUAAGUGCUUGGACAUGAACUCCAUUGACGACGACACGAAGAAAGGCCGGCUCAGACCCCACACGGAUGACUCCAGAGUUAAUACGCAUCGUUGUGUGCUUUUCACAUGAGCUAAUGACACUUAAACCGCCGCCUCCAUUCUCAUACAGGCUGGCCGCAGUCGCCUGUUAACUACAAAAAUAAAAAAGAGAAGUUGCAGUGUUGCCCUUGGGUUUUGUUGGUUUUAUUCAUCUGAAUAGUGACGUACUGUGUGGAGGUAGCUUUGAUUGUGUUUAUUACGGGAGAAAAGGCAAAAGCUGAUCUGAGAAAGGAAGAAAAAAAAAACAGAUUUUUGUUUUCCACCAUUUCCAGCAGUGACGUUCUUUCAAACCUUUAUGCAAAAAAGAAAAGAAAAAAAAACAACAAUCUUUAACAUUCCACGUCAUCUUCAGCCCUCCAUCUGAAAAGGGAUGUACAUGUCUGUGUAAAAUAAACGGGACAUUUCUUCAA